CGCCUUGGACUACCUGGACUGCACCUGCCGGAUCCCAUGGACCACGACGCCAACUCUAAGCACCGCCGAGACGACUCGGCGGCGGGACGCCCACCAUUUGAGGUGUCCCGUCGAGGGCCCUCGACCCACCAGGGGCGUCGCCAAGCCUCACCCCGGACGCCCGCAGGGCCAGCCCAUCGCGGACGACGUCACCGUUUCCUCGGGGACCCAUCACCUCGCCGCCUCACCUCUCCGUCCGAGGCCCAAUCAGGGCCACCAAGGGAACCCGACGCAACGAACCCCAGACAGCCAAGCCGCCGCACCCGGGACGUGGCUACCUGGACGUCACAGGAUGGCGUUGACCCGCCAGCCGCUUAUGUAUCAGACCGACCCUGGCGCCGGCAGGAGAGGGCCCGAACCGGAACGCCUCCGGAACGGCUGUUCCGGCUCUUCCAGGGCCGGACCCUACGUGAUGCCGACCGGAGGGCGGAGGGCGCCUGCCUGCCCCUGCCGGCGGGUACAAGGCUGUGCGGCUGUGGCGCGGUCCGCCUCCAUAAGAGCCACGACCGAGGGGCCCUGCACCGGCUCCGGACGAGACCAAACAGAACGCCACCGCCGCAGCCACGACCAUCGAAAGGAGCGGUCCAGGCCAUGCUGGCCCGAGCGGCCCGCGAGAACGAGUUCGCGGAGUGGCUGCUCCACGUCGCGACCGGGCACCCAGGCACCGCUGCUGGGACGGCAAAUCAGCCAGCAGCGGAGCCACCAGCAGCGGAGCAGCCAGCGGCGGAACCACCGGCAGCGGAGCAGCCAUCCGCGACGACGACGGCUUGCACAGCGAGCAAGGAUGCUGCGGCGGUGGCCGACAGCAACAACGAGGAGGCGGCGGAGGAGCUUCCGGAGAUGGAGACCGGGUUCUGGGCAAUCCUCGACCAAUAAAGCGGCGUCACACUCUUUGCGUCCGAGGGCCUUCUUAAGGGGAGGAGGAUGUGGGGAGCACUCGCCUCCAUU